UGUUUGGGGUAAGAUGAGUAUCUGUCCAUCACAUUUAAUGUCCAGAUGGAUGCUUUAAGAGCUUUCUGUAGGUGUUUUGUUUUAUCUUAGAAUGCACAUUCAUACUACAUCCAUUAGAGUUAACAGCAACAGGCAAAGAAUAAGCCCAACAUGUAAGGCAGAUCUUUAAAAAUUUGAAAAUUUAAUACCCUGUUGCCUCUACGCUGUAGAUAUUCAGACUGGAUUGAAGGCUCUGAUCCUGCAGUAAGAGGCAUACAGGCAGACCGCUGUCUCUGUGUGGAAAACUCAUUAUCUUCAGCGGGGGCUGUAGGUCGACACAGUGGUCCAUCUGUGUGCAUCUUGUUGCAGGAUUGGGGUGUAAAUCUCAGUGAGCCCUCUCCCUCACAUGCUUGGUUUUUUUUUAAUGCUCUUAGUAAUUGGGUUCACUCAAGUCAUUUUCUUUGGUUUGUUUUUUAGAGCAAGGAUUUACAGGAUACAAUAAUGAUGAAACGUCAAGGUUGAAAACACAUGAAAUGUGUGGUUUAAUGUAUUACAACUAAUUAUUUAUAAAGUAAUUGGUGUUUGACAUAGCUACAUUAAAACUGUUUACUAGUUUUUUCUCUUGUGCAUCUUAGAAGAGCACAGCUUGUACUAGUUUGUUUUUUGAAGCCUAGUCAUUAAUUUAGUUGUCACAUGUUAAAUAAGACACUUUAAAAUAUGACCUAGGUUUUGCAAAUAUUUUUGUACUUUGAAAGAAAUGGAGUUCAAAAUAUUCUAAUAGCUAGUUUUAAUUUCUCUCAAUCUGAAUUAUCUGGUGUUGGAGAGCUUUUCUUGACAGGGCGCUAGGGAUGAGCUUUCAUCAUGAAAGAGGGUCAAUAGUCCUAUUAGAGAUUUAGGGGAUCGUUGGGGGUUAGGGAAUGUAUAUAUUUUCAAGUCAAUAUCUGAGUUUUGUCUUGUACGUUUUUCUUGAAGUUUGGUUUAGGUAAGGGCAACUCUGACUUCUACACUGGUACAACAAUUUGCCUCUGGUUGCCAGAAAGGAUGACUAGUUCCUGUGGGAUGGAAGUGGAUCAGUUGAUACUUUCCCACUCUUUCAUCAACAUGGAAAGCUCAGAUUCUAACGAUAAAGGAAGUAUUGAUCACUCAGAAGCACAGCGCCGGAGUCAGCUGGAUCGAUUAGAACGUGAAGAAGCUUUCUAUCACUUUGUAAAUAACCUGAAUGAAGAGGACUAUAGGCUUAUGAGGGAUAACAAUUUGCUAGGAACACCAGGUGAAAUUACUGAAGAAGAAUUGAUGAGAAGGCUACAUCAAGUUAAAGAAGGUCCACCACAGCAAAAUGGUGAUGAGAAUAGAGGUGCAGAAUCCACAGAAGAUGUUUCUAAUAGAGAUUCCAUAAUAGACUGGCUUAAUUCAGUACGACAGACUGGAAAUACCACACGGAGCGGGCAAAGAGGAAACCAGUCUUGGAGGGCAGUGAGCCGGACUAACCCUAACAGUGGUGAUUUCAGAUUUAGUUUGGAAAUAAAUGUCAACCGUAAUAAUGGGAACCCAAACCCAGAAGCUGAAAAUGAGCAAUCUGUAGAGCCCUCUAAUGGUGAGGAUUUGGAAAAUAGCCAAAGUGACACCGAGACUCCAAGAUCUGAAUCGCCAUCUGUAAGGCAGCCUGGCUCAGACAGAAGUACCGCUGAGGAGUUAGCAACUGAGGAAGCAUCUCCUCUCAGAGGCCAGAGAAGAGCAAGAAGCAGGAGCCCAGAACAACGAAGAACCCGGGCUAGGACUGAUAGAAGUAGGUCACCUAUUAAUCCAGCAAGUGAGACUCCUCGCAGGUCUCCUCACAAUAUGCCAUCUCAGACACUUGAUCAUUCCCUGGUAAAUGAAUCUGAGGGAAGUUCUAGAACUAGACAGCAUGUGACGUUAAGGCAACAUACAACGGGGACUGAGAUUGCAAGUGAAAAUGCAGUUCUGUUUUCAACCCCUGAAACAAGACCGGCUCCUCCAGCAUUAGGUUCUUCAGAAACAAAUGGCAGCAGUGAGUCUGCAGCUCCUGGACAGAGGCCACCUACUAUAGUUCUUGAUCUUCAAGUGAGAAGAGUCCGUCCAGGAGAAUAUCGGCAGAGAGACAGCAUAGCCAACCGAACCCGAUCCAGGUCCCAGACACCAAACAAUACAGUCACUUAUGAAAGUGAACGUGGAGGGCUUAGGCGCACAUUUUCACGUUCAGAACGGGCUGGAGUGAGAACUUAUGUCAGUACCAUUAGGAUUCCUAUUCGUAGAAUCAUAAACACGGGCUUUAAUGAGACAACAUCGGUCGCAAUUCAGACCAUUCUAAGGCAGAUAAUGACAGGUUUUGGAGAAUUAAACUACUAUAUGUACAGUGAUGGUGAUGCAGAUCCUAGUGGCCCAGCCCCAAACCAAAAUGUAGAUGCUCCUGAGCUACAGAAUGGAGGUGAUAGUGGUAGUACUAGUUCACGCAGUGAAAGUACUGAAGGUAGCUCAGGGGAGGUAUAUGAAAGUAGUAAUGAAGGAGGUUCAACAUCUGCUAGGCGGGAAGGUCGGAAUACUAGGGGAUCAGUCACUUUUGAAGAAAGUGGCUCUUUACCAUUCCUUAGCCUAGCACAGUUUUUUCUACUAAAUGAGGAUGAUGAUGACCAGCCAAGAGGACUCACCAAAGAACAAAUUGACAACCUAGCAUGGAGGAAUUUUGGUGAAAGCGAUGCUCUGAAAACCUGUAGUGUCUGUAUUACAGAAUACACAGAGGGCAACAAGCUUCGUAAACUGCCUUGUUCCCAUGAGUACCAUGUCCACUGCAUUGAUCGCUGGUUAUCAGAAAAUUCCACUUGUCCUAUUUGUCGUAGAGCAGUCUUAGCGUCUGGUAACAGAGAAAGUGUUGUCUAAAUGAGAUCUGAAUUUGUGGCUGAACAGCUGGUGUAAUAGUGAUGGGCAACAAAGUCACUUUCAUUAUGACCACUUUUUGAGUGGUGCUUCAAUGUAAAGUAAUGAGUCUGGCUGCUUCGUCCCUCAUGGAAACAUUUUCUCAGAAUUAAAGCUUUUAAAAUGGGAAUCUCUCUUUAAAUUAGAGUCUCCAAAUCUAUUCAGUUUCAGUGUCUCGAAUUUCAGACAAUUUUAUUUCCCCAAAGACACCUAUUUGUUAUAAAUUUCUCUUUUUUUUUUCAUCAUCAAGUCUGUUAAGCUCCUUCCCCAUCCCCUCCCCAAUGCAUUGUGAAUCUUAAAGACCUCAGCACUCAGCUCAUCCCUGUAAGGAACUUAUCUGAGAAGUCAUCCUAGCUACAGCACAUGCUUCAUGAUGGAUUUUUAAAAGCAAACCCAGCUAUCCCACUGAAUAUAAAAUUAAUUCAACUGCACCCUUAAAUAUAAUUUUGGUUAAUUUUCAUAUUGGGUAUUCUUGGACACACGAGUGCAGAUAACACUAAUGUUAGCCCUUUCCCCAUUGUACAGCUGUCUCCAGCCCAUCACUAUGGCACGCUGUAGAGUGAGCUGAUAGCUUAAUCGGGAUAUUUAUCUUGUGGAAAUAUAAGAAUUGCCUAUGCUUGUUUAAAUAAAAAAAAUCACAAUUUUUGUUUUACAAUUGUAAAGCUUUUUUGUAGAAGCUCAGUACUUUUCCAGUGCACUGUUGUACUAAUGCAUUAAGAAUUAAAAUUGUACCAUGCUUAGAAAUGAAGAGAAUGCUUUUCAUAUAAGACCCACCACACACAGAGCAAACUAAAUACAAGCGAGCUGCUUUUGUAAAUGUUAUUGUCAAGAGCAGUGCAUAUCUGUACUAUUUAAUUUAUGUGAACAGCUACUGUAACAUAAAACAGUUAAGAAUUAGACAUCUUAAUUUCAUUAAAACUGAUGGAAAUUGAAUGUUAUAACUGCAGUGUCUUGGCUCAGUAAUGCCACCAAAAAGGUGAUAAAAAAAAGAAAUAGAAACCUGCUCUGAAGACUGGUUUUUUUUCUUUGUAUGGUUACUGAUGUGUAAUGAUACAAACUUGUAUGUACCAGUUUCAUACAGUGAGGAUUUUGCCCAAGUUUUGUAUUAAGCUGUAUUUUAAUCACUGAGGGAGCUGGAUGUAACUUUCAGCAGACAAAUGUUGGCAAAUUAAUUUUUCUCCUCCCACUCUAAUGACCUAGUAAUCUCUGGAGCUUUGUUAAUGAUUUAACAUGCUGGCCUCCAAAAAUCAAUGGCAGUUGCAUGUGACCUAAGUAUCUGUGGUAGAGAAAUUAACGUUUAGGUGUAAAUGAGAAAUAAUCUUCUAACUGAAGUUUCUCAAAUAAAUUGCCAAUCUUAAAUUAUUGGUUACUGGAGUACAUUUAAAAAAUGAAAUUUCAAGUUGUUUGAAUUUGCAAUUUAUUUUCCUUAAAGUAAAAUAUUAGGCAUGUUUCUUUACUGUUAAAGACUGUCUAAAUUCCACUUGUUUUGUAUUAAAAGUUAGUGUGGGCUUAUCACAAUUCAAAUCUUAUAAAUGCAUUUACACAAUUUUAAGUCAGCUUUGGAAAUGUUCAUACCUCAGCUGUCUUUACAUGGUGGGAAACCUCUUCCGCAUCUCCCCCAUCCCCAAGAAACCUUUACUCUUUAGUAGCUUUGCCAAUGCUACAUGCUUCUCAAGGAAAGCAAUGUUCUAUUUCAAGUAAAAAAAAAAAUAUAGUAGUUGUUAACUAGGGAUAUGAACUGCUCUUGCUGGCUAGAUCCAAAAUGUUGCUCGAUACUCAGAUGACAAAACCAAACCUGACCCAUCUUUUUUUACAUUAACUAAUCUUCAGUGUUUGAGUGGUGGUUACAUAGAACGUCAUCCUAGCUGUUAAGCCAUUAUAAUUGAACUACUCACCAGCCAGUUCAGGAUUCCAAGAUGUUCGAGCCCUCCCAUUUUUCUAACAGUGCAUUUCCAUGUCCUCGGUUCGAUGGGGAAUCCUGACUGGCUGGUGAGCUCACUUUCCUUGUGGUGGAAUGCUCCAUCAUUGUAAGGGUGUUCCUUAUCGUAUGUUUUUAAAACAUUUAUAAACAAAUACAUGCUCUCAAAUGUUCUCUCUGAGAUGUGUUCAUCUAUAAAAUUGGAGGUUAGAUAUUAAUGUUACUGGUUGGGCUUUGUUUCAUGAAUGUAGCUAAUGAAUCUUAAGCCAAAACUACUUCUCAAAUAUUGGACACCCUGAUUUUUGAAUCUUUUCUGUAGUGUGCACGUAAGUGCAUGCAAUCACUCGCAUUUUUCACUCUUUGCUGACUUGGACUGUAGAAUUAAAAUUGAAAUAUUUUAUAGUGGUAUUUGCUACUGAUUUCUAAAUACACUUUUAGCUUUUUAAAAUCAGAUCUCUUAUGAGGACUAAGGACAGAAAUGAGAAGAAUAUGAGCCCAUUAGCAACAAGCGAUACACAGUGGAGGAAGACUGUAAUACCUCAUUAAGCAGUUACUCUUUUGUUAAUUGAUUGUUCUUGGUUUCCAAGAACUAUACAGUUCAGACAUCUUGUAGUUUUAUUAUGAUUGCCUAAAAGUGGUAUGCCUUAAUGUUUUAACUUUAUGUAAUUGUAACAACGGUUAAAGUGUCUGAGGUUCCCAAAAAGGUACCAGAAACCAGUGUUCACCUCAAUUAAGAAUCCUUUGAAUGUUUCAAAUGUUUUAAUUAUUUAUAAUGAAAUUCCUUUUUAAACUCUUACUAUACCAGUAGCACUGGGGUUUGUUUCUUUUGACUUCAAACAAUUGACAAGAUUGAUAUUGCUGUUAGUGAGGAACUCUUAAGUAGAUGAGGCAUUUACCAAUGUCCACAAUAGUUCUGGAAAUGAGCAAUGGUAUAACUGAGCUACACCCAGUAACUCAAUGGCGUUUAUGAAUAGUUUCAUAUUAUGACCUGUGCAAAACAAAUCUGUGGAAAACUAUUGGCCUGAUCCGGCAGCAGGAAUUCUCAUCUGAGUAAGGGUUGCUGGAUCAGGCCCUAUUAUUAAACGGUAAUUUAGUUAAUUCCUGUAUAGUACAAGAACUUUAUGGGCAUCAUUCUUUCCUUUUAAAUUAAAGUUAUAUUAAGCUUUAAAACUCAGUACUUCAGUUUUAAAUUAAAUUGCAAGCUUUAUAAAUAAAGUAUAGCAGCGUCUCUAGUGAGGUGCUCACAAUUAGCUAAAGUUAGUCUCUCUUGAAUCAACUUAAAAAUAUAUGAAUCCUUUUGGUGCCAAGCAUUCUUAACAUAUUUGCAACUAUAGCUUUCUUAAGCUUAAACCUAUUUUUUCAGCAUUGGAAUUGUAGAUGGAUGUGCACUGUUUUUACAGCCACUUUGCUGGAUGCCCAUGGACACAGAGGGUUAAAACACAACUGUUAUAGGGUUGGGUUUUUUUGGUUUGGUUUUUUUUGGGGUGGGGGGGGGGUUAAUGCCCACAUGUACAUAGAUGGAUAAAUUUAAACGAUUCUGAUAGCCGCCUUAUACAUUUCUGCUCUCCUCCUUAGUUUAUGGUGCCAUCUUGAGGAAGCUUUUUUUACCCUCCUUCAAAGUGGGGGAAAUACACAUCUUUGACUCCAUUAUUUAUUUAUACAUUAAUUUCUUUGCUGUUUAAGUUGGUUUUGUGUUUUGAAGGAGCUCCCCUGCUAGAGCUUGUAUAAGGAAAGCUGAUGUUAAACAACCAACCACACACACACACACUUGCACAUUGUGGACAGCCAUCCUUCUGGUGUUUGGGAUUACCCCUAGGUAUUUAAAACGUAGAAGAGUGCACAAUCUUUUGUUUUGUAAGAGUGCAGUAUAUAGUUCUAAUCAAACUGCAAAUUUUUAGACAUUUUUAAUGGGUUUUAUCCAUUAAGUGAAAGAACUGUGAAAAGUAGUGACUGGUUUUUACUGGGGUUUUUCUUUUACUUGCACUUUUGUAAAAAUAAACAGCUUUUUGCAAAUA